AUAGGUUGCUUGGAGAGAAAGAAGAAACCACCCUAUACUUGGAAAUACGCAGCAGGUACAUUUUACAUACGCUCAUAGAUUGUAAAUCAACUCUCUCUCUGUCUCUCUCUCUCUCUCUCGUGCAUACGCAAGCCCAUCUCUUAUUAGGAGAACUUGUUCAGAUUUUUCGAUUAAACUAUGGGAGACAGUCAAUAUUCGUUUUCUCUCACUACUUUUAGCCCUUCUGGAAAGCUUGUUCAGAUUGAGCAUGCUUUAACAGCUGUGGGGUCUGGUCAAACGUCUUUAGGGAUCAAAGCUGCUAAUGGAGUGGUUAUCGCGACAGAGAAGAAACUUCCGUCUAUCUUGGUCGAUGAGGCAUCUGUGCAAAAGAUUCAGAUUUUGACCCCAAAUAUUGGAGUUGUAUACAGUGGCAUGGGUCCCGAUUCUCGAGUUUUAGUUCGUAAAAGUAGGAAGCAAGCAGAACAAUAUCACCGACUGUAUAAAGAAGCUAUCCCUGUCACACAACUUGUUAGGGAAACAGCAGCUGUCAUGCAAGAGUUCACACAAUCAGGUGGUGUAAGGCCUUUUGGUGUUUCGCUCCUAGUUGCUGGGUUUGAUGACAAGGGGCCACAACUGUAUCAGGUGGAUCCAUCAGGUUCGUACUUCUCCUGGAAAGCUUCAGCCAUGGGGAAAAAUGUUUCAAAUGCAAAAACAUUUCUUGAGAAGAGAUACACCGAUGAUAUGGAACUGGAUGAUGCUGUACACACUGCUAUCUUGACCCUGAAGGAGGGAUUUGAAGGACAAAUCUCAGGAAAAAACAUUGAGAUUGGAAUUAUUGGAGCUGACAAGCAAUUUAGAGUCCUGACACCAGCUGAAAUUGAGGAUUACCUACAAGAAGUGGAGUAAAUCUAAUCAUGUACAAGGAGUGGUAAAUGUGUCUUCUUAGAGUAGCUGGAGAGUGACAUUGAUUUCUUUGUGACUAGGAAGCACAUUACAUCUGUUAAAAAACUCUGUUGAGCACAUGAGCUACAUCAGUGACACUGAUUUCAUUUAUGAGCAAAGCAUUUGAAUGUACUAGAAAUUUUAUAAAUGUCAUAUUGGCAGGGUUAUCAUUUUCUAA